CAGCAACUAUUCCAACUUUCAAACAGAAGAACUUGUGUCGAUCAGUUUGUGAGAUCACAAUGAAGACAUCAACAAACAGUAGCCCAAAUGGCAUAGCUACAGUAGCUUUCAUGUUGGCAUUGAUCAUUAUGGGUUCGUCGACAAGUACAGUAGUGAAUGGGCAAGCUGCGGCCGUGACAUGCCCAAGUGCAUUGCUUCAGUUACUGCCCUGCUUGCCAUUCCUCACUAAGCAAGUCCCUUCCCCAUCUACCCAAUGUUGCUCGAACGUCAAGCUGUUGAACGAUGAGGCCAACACCGCCGCCAUUCGUCAACAACUCUGCAAGUGCUUUAAACCUGCUGCCAUCACCUAUCGUGUUGAUCCUCCGGUCGUCAAGGCUCUCCCUAGCUUAUGUCGCGUCAAUGUCCCCGUCCCUCUCGAUCCCAACAUCGACUGCAACAAUUUCAGUCUAGGUAUGAAAUAUGGAUGAAGUUGUGCAGAGGCAAGGGAGAUGGAUGAGAAUGGAUCUUUGGACAAGAGUUUGCUAUACGGAUUCUUCAAAUGGCGUUGAUGAUAUACCUAAACCACCGUUCUUCAAUUGUCGAUUAGUGCAUUCAUAGAGAGAGAAAU